UCAAGACACUCCUUUUGUUUUUCAUUUUCAUUUUUUCUUGUAAUAAUUUCCCGGCAAGCAGGAGUAUUUAAGGAAAGAAAGGAAGAGAAAGCUUCUAGCCUUUUCAAACAUUUCCCCCAUUAGAGAGUGAGAGAUCUCCUGCUUCCAAGAAAACCCUAGAAAGAGGGAAAGAGAUCUACUUUGGAAAUCGGGUGGGGUUGGAGAAGAAGGGGAUCGAUUGAUCGAUCUAGGCCGUCCGUUCGGCUCUUUUGCUUUGUUUUUUUGUUUUGUUUUUUCAUUUUUCUGAUGGAGGACGGGCAGAAAGAGGAUCAUCACAGCAGCGAGAGCGGAGGCGAUUUCACGUCGGAGGAUGAGGGGACGGAAGAUUACAGGAGGGGAGGGUACCAUGCUGUCCGGAUCGGUGAUUCUUUCAAGGGUGGGGCCUACAUCGUCCAGAGCAAGCUCGGCUGGGGCCAUUUCUCCACCGUCUGGCUCGCUUGGGACACUCAGAACAACCGAUAUGUUGCUCUGAAAGUCCAAAAGAGCGCUCAGCAUUACACUGAAGCGGCCAUGGAUGAGAUCACCAUUCUCAAACAAAUUGCGGAGGGAGAUCUGGAAGACAAGAAGUGUGUGGUGAAGCUGUUGGACCAUUUCAAGCAUUCAGGCCCGAAUGGGCAGCAUGUCUGUAUGGUUUUCGAGUACCUGGGAGACAAUCUCUUGACGCUUAUCAAGUACUCCGAUUACCGUGGGAUGCCUCUCCAUAUGGUUAAGGAGAUCUGCUUCCAUAUUCUAGUUGGUUUGGAUUACUUGCAUCGAGAGCUUUCAAUCAUACACACGGAUCUGAAGCCGGAGAACAUCCUCCUCCUUUCUACAAUUGACCCUGCCAAAGACCCAAGGAAGUCUGGUGCUACCCUUGUCCUCAUGAACAACAAGGACAAAUCCAUUUUUGAAUCUGGAGUACCAAAAGACGUCAAGAGCUCCAAUGGGGAUUUAACAAGGAGCCAGAAAAAAAAGAUCCGAAGAAAGGCAAAACGAGCAGCACAAGGUUGUGCAGGGAAGGCAGUUGCCGAGGAAUCUGAAUCCGAUCCCACAAAUCUAAUAGUAGAUUCUGCUGAAGCUUCGGAAGACCAACAUGAUGGUUCCACUAGCAAAAACAACUCAACUAAUUCUGAUGAGAUGAAAGAUGAUCGGCAUGGGAAUCAGAGUAAUCGGAGGGGGAGCAGAUCCACGAGGCAGAAGCUGUUGACGUCAGUGGACCUCAAGUGCAAAUUAGUCGACUUUGGUAAUGCCUGUUGGACAUACAAACAGUUCACGAGUGACAUCCAGACGAGGCAGUACAGGUGUCCAGAGGUUCUUCUUGGAUCUAAAUACUCUACCUCGGCAGACCUAUGGUCCUUUGCUUGCAUUUGUUUUGAGCUUGCAACUGGUGACGUUCUGUUUGACCCUCACAGCGGCGAUAAUUUUGAUCGGGAUGAGGACCACUUGGCACUGAUGAUGGAGCUUCUCGGGAUGAUGCCUCGGAAAAUUGCCUUGGGUGGCAGAUAUUCGCGUGACUUCUUCAACAGAUAUGGGGAUUUGAGACACAUCCGCCGUUUACGUUUCUGGCCACUAAACAAAGUGCUCAUGGAGAAGUAUGAUUUCAGCGAGCAAGAUGCGACCGAGAUGGCUGACUUCCUGGUCCCCAUUCUGGAUUUUGUUCCAGAGAAGCGGCCAUCAGCAGCCCAAUGCCUCAACCAUCCAUGGAUAAACAGUGCCAGAACUCAACUUCUAGAACCUUCACCUCCGGAUCAAACCCAAGCUGCCGUGGAUGGUGCGACUACUACUGCAGAGAAGAAGAAAAAGGAGACGGAUGAGAGGGAGGCAAUGGAAUUGGGAGUGGGGAACAUUGCCAUUGAUGGAGUGUCCAAAUCUGUAAAAGAUCCUCAACCUAGCACCAAACCUGUUAAGGUUGCCGCCAUCAAGCCCUCUAGGUAGUAGUAGUGGUGCCUUUGCUUCAACACUUGCAUUUCUCCUGCACAUAUGCCCUUUUCAGCAGCGGCCAAGGGUUAUUGCUUUCCCCCCUCUGAUUUGAGGUCAUUGACAUGAAGUGGGUUGGAAGGAGGGCAUACUUGCCAUGUAUUGAACUGAAACAGUGGCUAAAACAGGUUAUAUAUAUGGCUUGUGGUAGUAUACUGUUCACAACCAUUUUGUCAAAGAGCAUUUUUCCAUUGGGACUGUUCGCAACUCCUGGCCUUGGACUUCAUUCAUUUCUGCUUAAAUUUGUUUUUGUUUUUGUGUUUUUUUGUAGGCAUUGUUGUUGGUUGUUGUUGUUGUUGUUGUUGACUUGUUGUACAGUUCUCUUAAUCUUGUUUGUUGCUUGUGGAAUUCAUACAUGGCACUUCUCAAUUAAUCUUGAAGUGUUUUUGCA